CUGAACUCGGAAUACGAGAAACAGAAGAGAAAUUGCUCUCUUUAUUGAGGAGAUUCAAACGAUGGUAACUGGGAAGUUUAUUUCCUUUGGUGGGUUAAAAUAUGUUGAUGGUUCGAUACCCUAGCUAUUAGCUAGAAACAGAAAGAAUACCCAAUUUGUUGUAGCAGAUCAUUAAUCUCUAUAGCUCCAAACAUCCCCAGAAGAAGAAAUUCCUGGUUUUUGUGAGUUUGUGAUGGGAGACGGUUAUUCUCUUCGUCAUGGUAGCAAUAGCAUUAAUAACAACAACAACAGUACUAACGGUUAUGUAGCAAAUACGACGACGACGACGACGACGACGAAAAAGAAGAAGUCCAAGAAGAAGAGCGGUGGUAAAAAGAAGAAGAUGGCUGUGGAACAGAUCUUAGCUGCUAAAUCUGUGUCCGAAUGGGUUUUUCUUGAUUCUCCUUCCGCUCCAUCUGUUGACGAUUUCGGGGUCCCGAAGAGCCAUACGAGAUUUGCGGACAAGGUGGUCUUCGAGUUGCAUUCCCAUUCCACUUGUAGCGAUGGGUACCUAUCGCCUUCUGCUCUUGUUGAGAGAGCUCAUGGAAAAGGAGUGAAAGUGCUUGCACUGACUGAUCAUGAUACCAUGGCUGGCAUCCCAGAAGCAUUGGAAGCCGCUCGGAAAUUUGGCAUCAAGAUAAUUCCAGGCGUUGAGAUUAGUACCAUAUUCUCUCCAAGAGGAGAAUCUGGAACUGAAGAGCCGGUUCACAUCCUUGCUUAUUACAGCAGCGGCGGACCCUCGAGAGUUGAAGAGAUGGAGAAAUGCUUAGCCAACAUAAGGGAUGGUCGUUUCCUCCGUGCAAAGAACAUGGUUUCAAAGCUAAACAACUUGAAGAUGCCCCUUAAGUGGGAGCAUGUUGCCAAAAUUGCAGGGAAUGGAGUGGCUCCUGGGAGGUUGCAUGUGGCUCGUGCAUUGGUCGAAGCUGGCCAUGUAGAAAAUCUGAAGCAAGCUUUCAACCGAUAUCUAUAUGAUGGUGGACCUGCCUAUUCUACGGGUAGUGAGGCUCUAGCAGAGGAAGCAGUUCAAUUGAUAUGUCAAACAGGGGGUGUGGCAACAUUAGCUCAUCCAUGGGCAUUGAAGAACCCUGUUGCUGUUAUCAGGAGAUUGAAAGCUGCAGGUCUUCAUGGGAUAGAGGUCUACCGAAGUGAUGGGAAACUGGCAGCAUUCAGUGAGUUGGCUGAUACCUAUGAUCUUUUGAAACUUGGAGGAUCAGACUAUCAUGGUAGGCGACGCCAUGAUGAGUCUGAUCUGGGAAGUGUGAAUCUCCCUGUGUUAGCUCAGCACGAGUUCCUUCAGGUAGCCCGACCUAUUUGGUGCAAUGCGAUUAAAGAUGUACUGCAGAGUUUUGCAGAGGAACCAUCUGAUGCAAGUCUGGAGAGGAUUGCGAGGUUUGGGAAGAUCAGGAACAUCAAGGGUGGUUCAUUGAGUUGUUGCAAGGAUGUGAUUGACCUGUGCCUGUCCUCCUGGUUGACAAAUGAGGAAAGACAGACCAUUGAUGUUGAGACACUUAGGUUGAAGCUUUCCUGCGCUGGCAUCAAUCAGACUGACAUCGAGGUGUCUGUAACAAGUACAUAGUUCUUUUCCUGGUGGUUUGUUUCCUAUAUAGUUUUUUUCCCUUCUAUUUUACCCUUUUUCCUGCGACGGUGCUGGCAGUUCUAAUUUCAUUCAAAAUAUUCUCUGCUAGAGUAGGUGGGUCUCUGUUAAGAACCACUAGAGCUUUUCCC